AUGUGGUACCUUGACGGGAUCCGUGACGGCUUCAGACAAGGGCGUCGUUCGCCCUCGCACGUCAAGUACGGUUACCAGAUCGACGACAGGCAAUACUGUAAAAUAGCAGCCGCUCAAUUCGGAUACGCCGCAGACCCAGACGAAUACGGUGGCGACAUAGACUGCGCAUUGCGAAUGGCCGCCAAGUAUAUCAGUCACCAAAUUAUCAAUCAUCCAAGCAAGGUGAAGUCUGUGUGCGAGAGCGGUGAUCGUUUCUUCAUUCUCUCACUUUGCACGAAUUUGGGACAAUGCGAGGAUGAGAAGAGGCUAGCGGAGGCGGAGGAAAAGCUGAGGGAAUAUCUCAGGAUAACAGAGAAGGGGAAAUGGUAUCUGGGUGCAAAUCAGUGGCGGUGGACGAGGAACCGACGCGUCUCACGGUCAUCACUGAAAAAAUUCCAUCCUGGCUUCAGACCUGGAACGGUGCACUUUGGCUUUAUCGCGCUUUCUUGA